AAUCCCGAAACUACCCUCCGGAUCCAUCAUGGAAGAAUCAUCAUCAACCCAAAACUCCUCAACCCGACCCGACCCGAUCCAAAAACCACCGGAAUCAUCAUCACCAGCCACCACCACCACCACGAAGCUCUCAUUCCCUAAACUACUUCUCUGGUUCGACCAAUCAAAUCGCGUUAAAACUCUGCUCUCAUGGUCCACCUUCUUCCUCCUCGCCGUCAUCGUCCCAAUGAUCUCACACUUCGUUCUACUCUGCUCCGAUUGCGAUUUCAAACACCGCCGUCCUUACGACGGUUUAGUCCAGCUCUCCUUAUCGAUCUUCGCCGGAAUCUCAUUCGUCAGUCUCUCCGAUUGGUCCAAAAAAUACGGAAUCCGAAGAUUCCUCUUCUUCGAUAAACUCAAAGAUGUUAGCGACAAAGUUAAAAUCGGAUACGAAUCUGAAAUCCAGAGAUCAAUGAAGCUAUUGGCUAUGUUCGUUCUCCCAUCUCUAACGCUUCAAGCUAUAUAUCGUAUCUGGUGGUAUGCUUCAGGGUUUAAUCAAAUACCUUAUAUUAUAAACCCAAUGUUGAGCCAUGUCUUAGCUUGUACACUCCAGCUCUCGUCUUGGCUUUACCGUACAUCGCUCUUCAUCAUUGCUUGUAUCCUCUACCAAAACAUCUGCCACCUUCAGGUCCUUCGCCUCGAUGAAUUCGCGCGCUGCUUCGCCUCGGAGAUUAGUGAUUUUAGCUCUGUACUCGCGGAGCAUCUUAAAAUCAGGCGUGAGCUGAAGAUUGUUAGUCAUCGGUUCAGGCGGUUUAUUGUUUUGUCGUUGUUUUUCGUUACUGCUACUCAGUUCAUGGCGUUGCUUACUACUAUUAGAGCUAGUGUUCCCUUCAAUAUCUACGAAGUUGGCGAGCUCGCGUUGUGUUCCAUAAGUUUGGUAUCAGGGCUGUUCAUAUGCUUGAGAAGUGCAACGCAGAUGACUCACAAAGCUCAAUCUGUAACGAGCAUUGCUACAAAGUGGAACGUUUGCGCGGCUUUAGAGACAUUUGAUGUUCUUUAUGACGGAGAGACUCCAAAAUGUCCAACGAGUAUACAACAUUCUCAGAUUUUAUCGCGUCGUCGUAAUGUUAUUCAAUCGUCUGAUGAUGAUGAAGAAGGAGAAGGAGAUCAUGAUGAUCUUCAUAUACAUCCAAUCUAUGCCCGCGCCAUUUGUUCUCAAAAACGUCAAGCUCUAGUGACCUAUCUAGAGAAUAACAGAGCCGGGAUCACAGUUUAUGGAUUCUUGGUGGAUAAAACAUGGUUGCGUAUGAUCUUCAGCAUCGAGCUUGCUCUUCUUCUAUGGCUUCUCAAAAAGACAAUCGUGAACAUAACAUGAAAACGAAACGAGUGUCUUGCUUUCCUUUCCACAAAGGCUGCCAUAUAACAGGUUUUUUUUGUAUCAUGUAUGUCUGUAUAGAAAUGUUUGAGAAUUUUUAUAUUUUCAGUUAUACGUACUCAUGUUUAUAGAUUGUGCAAAAAGAGGUUUAAUAAUAACAUGUUUGGGCUACUUGACGAUCCUAUGUUAAAUGUAUGAAUAUGGUUUUGUAUUAAUCUUGUAAUCUGAAUUUUUUUUGUUUCU